AUGCCGCCGAAAAGGCGAAGAAGGCUUAUGAAGACGGCAGGGCCAGGGUUGCCAAGGCUGGCAAGGUUGGCAAGGCUAUCCAAGCUCAUGCGAAUUUGGCGAAAGACAUACAGGCUGCCGAACGGCAGGUCAAGGUUUAUGAAGUCGACACAGCUAACGGCAAAUGAGGCUCUGGAGGCGAAUGAGGCGGUCCAGGUGGCUUUUGAGGAGUUGGAGCGGGCCAAGGCUUCGGAGAUUGAGGCUGCAGUCCAGGAGGCAAUCCGGAGGUACUGUCACUCGUAUGAGUUCUCUACCUUGCUGGACAAGGAGGUGGGCUCGGAAAUGGCGGACCUGGUUUACCGUUUCAAGCGUUACAGCCCUAGGCAGAAGUUGAACUUGAAUUUUAUUGCCAAUCCUCCUCCCCUUCCCGAAGGAAUCACGGAAGGGAUGAUAGAAGAUUACGAAGGGGAGGACGCUUCGGAAGAGCCCGUUGCCGAGGAGGCUGCUGCCGAUGCCGAGGAGGCCACUGCCGAUGCCGAGGAGGCUGCUGCCGAUGCCGAGGAGGCCACUGCCGAUGCCGAGGAGGCCGCUGCUUGA